UGAAUGGCUGUUUCUAGCGAGACGGGGAGCGAGAGAGGGAGCGCGCCCGACUUCUCCAUUGAAACGCUUUGAAACAGCUACCAGCGAGGGGAUACCGGCGACAAGUGGUUAAACGGUGUCUUGAUGAGCGACUUCCAACCCCCCCCUACUCUCAGCGCUGGUUUAGUCUGGCUCGCCCCCAGUUGCUGCAUUUGUCCCGGGAUGACCUGUUGAUGUCGGUAGCUAAAAUAUAGUAAGAUUUCUGUAGUGGUGCUGGCCAUUGCGUCAUGGCUCAGACCCUUCAGAUGGCGAUUCCCAAUUUCGGCAACAACGUCCUGGAGUGUCUGAACGAGCAGCGUCUGCAGGGUCUCUACUGCGACGUGUCGGUGGUGGUCAAGGGCCAUGCCUUCAAGGCGCACCGGGCCGUGCUGGCGGCCAGCAGCUCCUACUUCCGCGACCUGUUCAACGCCAGUGGCGGCGCCGGCAACAAGACGCCGGUGGUGGAGCUGCCGCCCGCGGUCCAGCCGCAGAGCUUCCAGCAGAUUCUGUCCUUCUGCUACACGGGUCGCCUGAGCAUGAACGUGGGUGACCAGUUCCUGCUCAUGUACACGGCGGGCUUCCUGCAGAUCCAGCAGAUCAUGGAGAAGGGCACCGAGUUCUUCCUGAAGGUCAGCUCGCCCAGCUGUGACUCGCAGGGCCUGCACGCCGAGGAGGGGGCGCCGCCGUCCGAGCCCCAGAGCCCUGUGGCGCAGACCACAGUGGGGGUCAGCGUUGGCGGUGGUGGUGGGGGAGGAGGAGGAGGAGGAGGAGGAGGUGGGGUCGACCAGCCACGGUCGAGCAGCCGGCCGGCGUCCUGCCUGACCCCGCUGCCGCUGGUGUCCAAGGUGAAGACGGAGCAGCCGGAGGCGUCGCCCUACUCGGUGGUGUGCACACCCGUGGCCAAGCGCCUCUGGGAGGGCGGCAACCGGGGCGAGAGCGGUGGCGGCUCGGGGGGGUCGGGCGGCAGCAUGCGCAAGGCGGCCCGCUUCUCCCAGGAGGCUGCCCGCGGCAGCGCCAUCCAGAGCAGCCUGGGCCUGGGCCUGGGCCUGGCGCUGGUGGGCAACGGGGGCGGCGCCGGCAGCAACGGGAACGGCACCAGCACGGCCACCCCCGAGGGCACCAGCCCGGGCAACCUCAGCGCCUACACCAGCGACUCGCCCAUCUCUUACCACGACGACGAGGAAGAGGAGGAGGUGGUGGACGACGGCACGGAGGAGCAGUAUCGACAGAUCUGCAACAUGUACACCAUGUACAGCAUGCUCAACAUGGGCGCAGCAGGUGAGAGCACACGCCAUGGGGCACCCCCAGCGACAGUGGCGGGCGAGCGCGUGGAGGCCCUGCCUGACCACUCCGAGACGCGGAGUCGGGGCCGAGGGCGGCAGGACCUGGCCUCUUUGCCCACGGAGCUCAUAGCACAGAUCGGCAACCGCUGCCACCCCAAGCUGUACGAGGAGGGCGACCCUGCUGAGAAACUGGAGCUGGUCUCAGGCACCAAUGUGUACAUCUCGAGGGCCCAGCUCAUGAACUGUCAUAUCAGUGCAGGCACCAGACACAAGGUUCUCCUGCGGAGGUUGCUGGCUGCGUUCUUUGACAGGAGCACUCUGGCGAACAGCUGCGGAACCGGCAUCCGCUCCUCCACCAACGACCCCAGCCGCAAGCCUCUGGACAACCGCGUCCUGCACGCUGUCAAGUUCUACUGCCAGAACUUUGCCACCAGCUUCAAGGAGAGCGAGAUGAACGCCAUCGCGGCGGACAUGUGCACCAACGCGCGGCGCGUGGUGCGCAAGAGCUGGAUCCCCAAGCUGAAGCUGCUGAUGGCCGAGGGUGACGCCUACGCCAGCUUCCUGCCCGACGGGGUCAAGCUGGAGGCGGACGCGCUUGGCGCUGAGGGCGCCUUUGACCCAGCCGGCCUGGAGGGCGGUCCGGCCGGAGGCCCCGGCGAGGUGGGGGCCAGCGACUCCCUGCAGGACGUGGGAGGGGACAGCAGCUCCUUGUUUUAGGGGGCUAAACCUGUCGCCCCACCCCAUCCACCCCACCCCUCCUUCCACAACCACAGUCCGACCCAUCCCACACACACACACACACACACACACACACACAACAUAUAUGCCGCUGCCGCCGCGCUGCUUCCGGCUCCCCUCCACCCCUAAAUGUCACGUACCCCAACCCUCCUGCCCUACUGUUGUGAUCUGACCAAGCCCAGCCCUGCCCAGCCCAGCCCAACCUCCCCAACCCCCCCAUUACUUGACUCUGGGUUCCGCUGCUUCUACCCAGGAUUGGUCCAGUCAGCCGGGUUCGAUGGAGGCGGUCCUCACAGGUACUGUCCGAGGAGGCAGUGGGUAGGAAUGUGAUUGGUUUCAAAAGGAGACAAGGGGAUGUUUUGAUGUUUUUUCCUCUUCUUUUUAUUACUAUUUUGUUUUGGUAACACGAAAAAGUCAAUGCUUACCCUUUUUGCACAGAGGCCCUCUUCCUACAAGCUUUGCUUUAAUUUUUUGUUUUGUUUUGUUUUAAUUGAUCGUUAUUAUAAUGUUGUCCUUUUAUUUACUCAAAGUCAGGUGAAUUCAUUUCAUUUAUUUCAUUACCUGACAGAAAAAAUACAUGUCAAAAAGACCCCCCACCCCACCACCACCACCCCCUCCUUUAUUUCACCAUUUCAUAUCAGAGGCGCUGAUGGUCAAGUGGAGAGUGUGGGUCAUGCCAGGCCCACUGCUCUGGUACUGGUAGUGGUACUGAAUGUAACUGGCAUGACUGUGUGCCAGUGUGCCCACCUCCAAGGAGGGAGAGAGAGGGCAGCGAGCAGCGGGCACUGGAUGGACACAAGAUGCUCUGGGCAGAGAGGAGAGAUUCCUGUGGUGGAAGCACCUUCUCGUUCUCUGUCUCUCUCUCUCUCUCUCUCUACUCUAUUUUUUUCACUCUCUCUCAGUUUGUCAUCAUCUCCCUCGUCCCUGUCUCUAUCCCUCCUUUCCUUGUACUAUCAUCCGCGCCUCAGCUCUGGCCAUUCCAGUCAUCACCUGCAGAACGAAGGAGUGGAGAAAGAGAAAGUUUUUUUGCCCCCCCCCCCCCCCCCCCCACAUCUUCCCUCUUUUUCCACACGGCCCUGAUCUUGGUGAAGUGUCUGUGUGCGAAUCUGAUCGCAGACACCGUUGGAACCAGAGCGGAAAACCAAUGAACGAAAAAGAGAGGGACAUGGGUGGAGAAAAACUGAAAAGGAAAUCGAGAGACUUGUCAUGUCGUUGGGAAAAAAAAGUAUUUAUCUAGACGCACCUUUACCAUGUGCACAGAGAGACCUAGAGAGAAAGAGAGGGAUUGUUCUCAGAUCUCUUUGCUUUUUUUUUCUUCCUUUUUUUAGUGCUUUUUUAACAUUUCCUUUUGUUUGACUGAAAUGUUUGUGAUGAGUAGUCUUGCAUAUGAGAUGAAACAAAAAGAGAGUAUAAAAUAUUUUUGCAUUAAGUGAUCUUAUCUAGGCCGGGUGGGCGCUUUAUACUUACUCGUCUGCCGUUCAGAACGGCGUGUUUAAGAGUUCCUGGUUUGGUCCCAGCUGUGGCAAUAUCGAGAGACCAUUGCUUAUUUGAUCGGUGGGUUUGGCUGUAUAGCUGAUGGGUGAUCAGUGCUUUUCUUACUUUAUAGCGACUGAUCCUGGAUCUGCUGGGCUAUUUUUACCCUGUGCUGACUUGGGUGCAUGACCGGACCGAGAGCUGACCUGAAAUCGGAAUGGUGUUCUAGAGAGCGCAUUUGCUGGUUGGUCUUAGACCUGGUUUAGAUCAGCUUCAGGCUAGUGACUGUCUAUAUAUGUGGCGUGUUGCUACAUUUUUAGAAUAGGGAUUCCGAGAUGACCCUACGCCCCGUUCCUUGAAUACACACUAUACAUGCGCGCGCGCACACACACACACCACCAUGCUGGAGGUGUGGAGUAAUCAGUGUGUUUGUGUGUGUAUAGGAAGGGGAAGGGGACUCUAGAGGUGGGACCUGGCCUCAUACUGUCUUAAAGGUGGGGCUUGAGCCCUAUUUAGGUUUAGGGGUAAAGCUGUGUUCCCAGGAAGGGUGAGUCUGUGUGGCUUUAUAUGCCUGUCUCACUUGUGUGUGUGUGUGUGUGUGUGUGCAUUGGGUGAGGGGAAAGUGGGGGCAGGCAGGAUUAGUGUUAAAAGUCAUGACUGACAGCUUGCAGACGUCUUUGUGUUUGGGCAGCUGUGUGUGUGUGUGUGUGUGUGUGUUCAAGGGCUGGCAUGCCAUUCAGUGUGGGUGUGGGCAACCAUAUGUGCACAUUCCAUGCAUAGAGUUGACUCUGUGUGCUAACUGUGUGUGUGCAUAAGAAAGCAGUACAUGUUUGGAUCUGUUUGCUGUUCCUGUUGGCCCUGUGUGUGUGUGUGUGUGUGUGCGCGUGUUGAUAGAAUAAGCAGAGUUAAACCAGAAUGUAGGUAAAGCAGUAAAGUUACAUUUGCAUAGCAGGACCUUGUUCUCUAAUUUCCAUGUCCAAAUUCGAGUUGUGCCUCUGUACCAUGCACAAGUACUGUGUUUGUCACACACACACACACACACACACACACACACACACACACACACACACACAUACAUGUACACACAAAGAGAAGCUCCAGUGUACUCAGCUGGGCUCUGCCUAGCUAAGUGUCCCCUCUCUCAGCUCCUUCCUUUACCUUUCAUUUAGGCUCAGUCAUAUGGCUUUAAAGAAGCAUGGUGUUUUUAAAAGCACAUUGUCUCUACAGAGGGGUGUGAGAACAUUUUCCACUGAGGUGUAUGUGUGUUUGUGUGUGAGUGUGACUGUGAGUGUCUCUCACUUGGCUUUAUCUCCAGUGCUAUGUGAUGUGACCUAAUUUUAGUGAUUUGCACCUUUACUGUUUGCACUGCUUUAGUGUGUGUGUGUGUGUGUGUGGACAGGAGAUGUUUGUGCCACAGUAGGGGUAUCCUUUCUGGGGAUGCAGCUGAUGUGCCUGAUGAUAAUUCGGUGUCUUUCCUAGUGGAGCUGUGGAGCUUUGUGCACCUUUUUCAUAGUCGGAACUAGUGCUUUUUGCACCUUUUUGUAGAGGACUGUAGGGGGCCAUGCACCUUUAUUUUGUAGAUUCAAAGUGAGAUGGUUUCUGGACUAAACCAAUGGAUUUGUGUGUGUGUGUGUGUGUGAGAGAGAGAGAAAGAGAGAGUGUUUGUGGGUCUUUGUGAAAGAGGGAGAGUGUGUGUGUGUGUGUGUGUGUGUGUGUGUGUGUGUGUGUGACUGCCAGAGGCUCCUUGAAAACAGGACACAGUCUUGUCUUUGAGAACGUAAUGCGCAGUGUAAAUAUUGAAAGGAUUGUUGAGCUGAUUUUUACGAUGUUUUAGACUUCUGUUUUGUAGGACUUGUGAGAUUUGUCAAUAUGAAUUCUUUUUUUAGAUGUCAUUUCCCCUCUUCUUUUCCUAGUUUUUGCCUCCUAGAUGUUUUGUUUUCUUUCCUUGUUUUUUGAAACGUGUAUAGACUAAAGAUACUGAGUGGAGGCUUCCCCUUACCCAGCAUGCAUCAUGCCAGAGAAUCAGACCACAGCUAGGACUAUGGAUUCAUGAGUUGGCCUCCAUGAUGAGAGGAACCACAGUCUGGUUAGGCUGUUUGUAUAUUAAGACUUCCUCCUAUGAUCCUUUUACUUUUGUUUACUCUGUGACUGAGCUGAACUACCAAUUGUUUGGUUUUUCUAGACGUUGAGAGAUGCAUGAAUGUAUGUAGGAGGUCAUUCAGUUUCUGCAAUUUCCUUUAAUAGUUCCGUUCUUUUUUUUUUUUUUGUUAUACUUUCUCCCCUAUCAACCAAGCUUGUAGAACGUACUGUAUUUACCUUUUUAUAGAAAGAGAGAGAGCGAGAGAGAUCUACUAACAAGGUUGAGUUGCCAAUUGUUUGUUUUUGUUUUGCUAAAGAGAAAAAGUAAAAUAGGAUAUGGGAAAAAACGUGUAGGACAGAACAUUGCCUAUUUUUUCAUUUUUGAUAAGGACUUAAGUGCUGAAUUUGUGUAGGGAACGGGGAGCUUUAAGAGAGAUUAUGGUGCUAUGUAAGGUCACUUUGAAGCAGGCCCAUGUUUGGUGACUUCAUAUAUCUGAGGUGUUCUUAACUGGGAUUUUUUUUUUUCUUACUUUCUGGUACUGGCACAUUUUAAAGCAUUUCCCGCAUCUCCAAGAAAAUUUAAAAUCCUGUCUAGAGAAUUUCAGUACUCGUCUGGCUGUUUAAGUACUGUGUUUUGUUCUUUUAGCAUCACACUGAGGUAUAGAGGGUGCCAAAAAAAACACCCACUACUGUUGUGGUGCCAAGGUAUGUAAACGGCUCCCAUCUACACACUGUAAAAGCAUCACCUCAAACAGGACUCAGCAGUGCCACUUAUGGAAUGCCAUUCGACGGAUGGCCUCCAUUUUGAUGGCACAGAUCCGAUCUGCAGCAUGGUGUGCCUAAGGGAGAAGGGGAGGGGGGUAGUUGGCUGGCAAGGAAUCGGUGUGUGUCUGUCGCCAUCUGGCGUUUUGUAUUGUAAUUGUGGUUUACCUUGGUGCUCUGCUUGCCCACCACCUCUAGAGGGCACUACAUGUUAACGGGAAAAGUGGCACUGGAUUGGAAUGGUUGCCUUUAUGAUCAAAGUAUGUGAUUUUGUUUUUUUUAUUUUGUUUUUUUAAACCCUAGUUGUGCUCUCAUUAUCUGAGUUUCAGAUUAUGUGUCAUACUUAAAGGACAUCUUCCAAAUGACCCACGCAAGUCAAUCCAAAGUGAGCUUGGGUGGUCCUGUUCAACCAUUGUGUGUGAGUGUGUAUGUGAGAAGCCGAGAUUUCUCAUCAAAAAAAGAUGACGUUUCCACAUGUCUGUACCUUCCUUCCUCUGCACUCAAGAGAAGCACCUUUUUUAGGGGGGGGUUAGGGCUCUGGUAAGGAUGUCCACCCCCUCCUGGCACCUUGCAAUCACUCCGUGUGUGGAGAGCAGGGGAAGGUCAGGCUGCCUAGGCUAGCCUGGGUUUGGCUGUAACUGAGUGAAUGUUUCGAUUUGGGGAUUUUUCAUCACAUUUUUAUUUUUUAUUUUUACAUUUUGUGUUUCUAAAAGCAUCUUAUCAAUGUCCAAAAGUAAGGCAGGCCCUUUUAAAUGGGUAUGUUGCAUGUAUUGAGGCUGAAUGAUCUGAUGGCGACUGAGGUAUUACGCAAAAACUUGAGAGAGAAGGGGAUGUAAGGAGGAAAAGGGUUGGAGCUGACCAUUGUUCUACCUCUCUCUCAUUUUCAAACUGCAGUCAUUUGGGUCUUUUCUUUCACCUCUGACCUCUGCUCUUCCACGGAUGCCCUUGAGCAGAGGUUUUGGCAGAACCCUUUGCAGACAUCCACACAUCAUGUGUGGAAUUGUCCCUUUGCAGCCAGGGGUGUCUUUCACUGACGCGUACUAAGGUAUGCUCAAGAUUGUGUGACUGUGUGUGUGUGUGUGUGUGUGUAUAGCACGUUUUGCAUUGUUCUGCUAGCACCUCACCUGUCUGGGUUGGGAGCCAUAGCUAGGUUAACCCCUGAUGUGCUAAACAUGCACGCAGUACAUUGAACAUCCUAGGGCAGUUUCACAGCAACACACAGCAGCAGCAUCUUGUGUGCUGGUAUGCUACAGAAUGGAAACGGCAGUUUCAAGAAGUGAAUGGUAGUGUUAUCAAACCAACUUCAGUCGGACUACAGGAAAAUCCAAAAACAGCUUGCUGAAGCACACUGACAGACAGGGCAAAAAUAAAAAUAUGGGGUAUAUUUUUGUUUGUUUUUUUUGUUUUUGUUUUUGUAAGAUGCAACCUCUCUGGUGGUGUCUUUGGGGUCAGUAGAUCCCAAAUUCACUCUUUAUACAAACAUAGAGAUAUACAUAUAUAUAUAUAUAUAUAUAUAUACUGUAUAUUAUACAUAGAAGCACUACUGAAGUUUGAUUGUUCAUUGUGCACUCACAGCAUGAAGUGUAAGCCAGAAACCACGCUUUUGGAAACCAAUGCAGUGGCGUCUGCUGAUGUCAAAGAGCCCCCACCCCCCAAAAUACACCGUACCCCCCUCCCCCCCCCCCCACACACCCCUUUACACGUGCCGUAACCCCUAGCUGUGAUUGCCCCCCCACCCCCCAUUUCCCACCCCUGUAAAAGCCAGUGCUCAUUCCAUUUAUCAUGUGUUUCAAAGUGCCAAUAACUUUGUGAAUCCCUAACUGUGACCCAAUAUUAUUCAAAGUAAUUGCACAUUAACUACUGUAAAGGAUCAAAAUGAAAAUCAAAAAGGAUAAAUCUGAAUAUCUUAAUAAUAAAACAAGGUUUGUAACAAAUG